ACAAAAAACAAAUCUCCCCUAUUCCCCUGCAUCCUCGCCGCCGUCGCCGGAUUUCUUCUGCCCGUCGCCAUGUCCGCCGCGGGGGACCUCUCUCGCCGGCGAGAGGAAGGCCGCGCUUCGAUCCCCGCCCGGGCUGUCCCCGGCGGGCCGCCGGCGGGGAGGCUAAUCGACGACAUCCUGGUGGAGAUCCUCUCCCGCGUGCCCGCCAAGGCGCUCUGCCGCUGCAAGUGCGUCUCGAAGCACUGGCUGGGGCUCAUCGACCACCCCGACCACCGCAAGCGGCUGCCCCAAACCCUCGCCGGCUUCUUCUACGGCAGCAGCGCCAGCACCACGGGCCAGCGGCGGCUGGAGUUGCCCUUCCGCUACGCCAGCCUGUCGGGGGACCGCCGCGGCGCUCCGUUCGACGCCUCCUUCACCUUCCUGCCCAACCACCGCCUGCCCGUCGAACUGCUCGACUCCUGCAACGGCCUCCUCCUCUGCCGCUGCUACCACGUCUCCCACGGGGGCGGCGCGUUCCGCUACGUCGUGUGCAACCCCGCCACCCACGAGUGGGCCGUGCUGCCCAACUCCGGCAAGGACAGCAGCGAGGUCGCCACCACGUCUCUGGGCUUCGACCCGGCCGCAUCGCCGCAUUUCCAUGUGUUUCAGCUGGUAGUCGAGUACAAUUACAGUCUUGACACCGAGCUUUGCGGAGUGGCGGUGUAUUCGUCUGAAACCGGAGAGUGGAUUUACAAGGAGAAGACAUGGAACAGAGCUACUCGGGACUCCUCCGCCACAGUCUUUCUCGAUGGCCUUCUGUUUUUUCGUACCCUUGACCUUGAAUAUCAUGAUUGCGUGGCUGCGGUGGACACCAAGGGAGAGACAUGCCUGAUAUUCAGGGUCCCUGGUGGUCAGGUUCAUGAUUUUGGCCAGGCUGAUGGUUUUGUUCAGCAGGUGUUAUUCAGGGUUCCUGGUGGCCGGUUUGAUGAUUUUGGUCUGGCCCAUGGUUUUAUUCAGCGGUCGCAGGGCUCCUUGCAUUUUGCCAAUUUUCAAAGGGAUCAAGAUGGUGUCGCCAUUCGAUUGGUAGUUCAAGUUCUCAAGGACUAUCAAGGCGAACAAUGGAAGUUGAAGCAUAGCAUUAAAACCUCAGACAUAUGUGGAUGGACAGAUUUAUGGCUUGAUGCGGAUUUUGAUUUCGUUGCGAUUCAUCCAGAGUGCAACUUGCUGUUCUUCAUUGUGGGGGCUGUCGCAUUAAUGUGCUGUAAUAUGGAUAAUCGGCAGGUCAAAGUGAUCUCCUAUCUUGGAGGUGCCAAGCCGCUAUUUCUGCCUUAUGUGCCGUUGUACACAGAGUUACCAUCAUUGCACAUCUGACAUCGAUAUGAAACUGCUGGUGCCUUUAUAAGAAGUGGAUAUCUUAUCGGAGUCGAUGCCUUUAUGCUAUGGAGCAGCGGGCUUGGUAUGUCUGCUUGAAUUUGGCCGUCAUUUUCUGUGACUGAUGGAUGCAUGUCUUUCUGGUUUGGAGCAAUGGUGGUUCAGUAUGGAGGGAAUGUGACUGAUUGCUCUGUGAUCAGUUAUCCAAAUUUGCUCUAAACUUUCUGUCAUACGUCCUGGUGUCUGGUUUAGUGAACUUCUACCUUCAUGCAUUGCUUAACCUUGUGUAGUGUUUGCUUAAGGUACAAUGAUCUAUUAUGUGAAAGACAUGGGCAAUGGUUAUCAUGCAGCAAAACUUUUCUUGAACAUCA